GAUACGCCUCCUGCCAACAAAGUUCCGAACCAGCUGGACUUCGAGCCGCUUACCUUUGUACCUUGCACUGUGCUAUUGGCCGUAGAGCUUCAGCUAUUACGAAAACGGUGUACGGAAAUAAUAGCAAGUGCUGAACGCAGUGUGCUGAGUGUACCCUUCGACGUGCGGGUUGAUCAGCUUACCGUGAUUUUGUGUCGCAUCUGAUUUGUAGAAGUGCUUAUAUUUGCAAGUAGGUCAAGAUGUUGAGAAUUGGCAGGUUCAUUUUGUUUCCUCAGAAGACACUUCAGGUUGUAGAGAAUAACAUUCGUGCACUUGCAACAGCUGCACAACCAGCCAAGAAGAGUGAUGCCUCUAAACCAAAAGAAAGCUCUCAACCCAAGGAAAGUCAGUCAUUUACCAUGAAUUUAUUCCGUGGACUCGCAGAAACGGCACAAGUUUUCCCAUACCCAGAGGUGUUAAAUGCAGAACAGAGGGAUUCUUUAAGUAUGUUGGUGGAUCCAACAGAAAAGUUUUUUCAGGAAGUGAAUGACCCUGCCAAGAAUGACUCGUUGGAACGUGUUGAAGACAACACUUUAACUGGCCUCUGGGAUCUAGGAUGUUUUGGGCUUCAAGUUCCUAGUGAACUUGGUGGUCUGGGACUUACAAAUACUCAAUACGCUAGACUAGUCGAAAUUGUUGGUGCUCAUGAUCUCGCUGUUGGCAUUACAUUGGGUGCGCAUCAGUCUAUUGGUUUUAAGGGAAUCCUGUUGUUUGGAACACUAGAGCAAAAGAAAAAGUAUCUUCCACGAGUAACAACAGGAAAAGAAUAUGCUGCAUUUUGCUUAACUGAGCCUUCAUCAGGGAGUGAUGCUGGUUCGAUAAGGAGCCGAGCUGUCUUGUCUCCAGAUGGAAAGCAUUAUAUACUGAAUGGAAGCAAGAUAUGGAUUAGCAAUGGUGGGAUAGCAGAAAUUAUGACAGUAUUUGCUCAGACUCCAGUCAAAGAUGAGAAAACGGGAGAGAUGAAAGACAAGGUAACUGCCUUCAUAGUUGAACGUUCAUUUGGUGGAGUUUCUUCUGGCCCACCAGAAAAGAAGAUGGGAAUCAAAGCCUCAAAUACAACUGAAGUUUACUACGAAGAUGUAAAAAUUCCCAUUGAAAAUGUCCUUGGUGGGGUGGGUCAAGGUUUCAAGGUUGCAAUGAAUAUUUUAAACAAUGGUCGCUUUGGGAUGGCUGCCGCACUUGCUGGCACAAUGCGAGCAGUAUCAAAGAAAGCAGUAGAGCAUGCCACAACAAGGGUACAAUUUGGUCGAAAGAUUGACACUUUUGGAAGUAUUCAAGAAAAGAUUGCUCGAAUGGCAAUGCUUCAGUAUGUUACAGAGUCUCUAGCAUAUAUGAUUAGUGGAAACAUGGACCGUGGAUCUGUUGAUUUCCAACUUGAAGCUGCUAUUUCAAAGGUAUUUGCUUCUGAGGCUGCAUGGACUGUGACAGAUGAAUCAAUCCAAAUACUUGGUGGUAUGGGUUUUAUGAAGGACUGUGGACUGGAAAGGGUUUUGAGAGAUCUCAGGAUAUUUCGCAUUUUUGAGGGCACAAAUGACAUAUUAAGGUUGUUUGUGGCAUUGACUGGUAUUCAGUAUGCUGGAGCUCAUCUGCGAGAAUUGCAGAAGGCUUUUAAGAACCCUGCAGCAAACCUUGGACUUAUAUUUGGUGAGGCAACCAAACGAGCUAUUCGAUCUGUUGGCUUGGCCAGCCCUCCAUCAUUGUCUCAUGUUGUGCAUCCCAAUCUUUCUUCUUCUGCCACACUCGCCUCUAAGGCCAUUGCUGCAUACGGGAGUUCUGUGGAAUCUGCACUAAUCAAAUAUGGACGAGGAAUUGUUGAAGAACAAUUUAUUUUGAAUAGACUGGCAAAUGCUGCAAUUGAUAUUUACACGAUGGUGGUAGUUCUGUCUAGAGCAACAAAGUCUUUGAAUAGUAACCUGAAAUCUGCAGCGUAUGAACAAAUGAUUGUUGAAAUUUGGUGUCGAGAGGCCUCAAAACGUGUCGAGCAGAACCUUCAGGCAACUGCAAGUGAGGAUGUUCUUGACACAUUUAAAAAGAUGAGUGAACUUUCCAAAAAUAUAUGCACAAAUGGUGGCCUGGUUCAACUAAACCCUCUAAACUUGUAACAUGAGUUACUGAAAAUUGCUAUGAGAUAUAUAUUUCGAAGCACUAGUUCUCCGUGGAACUCCUAACGGAAACUUUUCAGAAAAUGUUUCAACAGUAUUGCACUUUUACAUAUUUUAUUUCUGUAUGAAGAUCUGAUUUCUUUAAUUUUAUUACAUUAUGGAUGCUGAUUUUUGUUAUCUGUACCACACUGAAGGAUGUUGUUGUUCUCACAUAAAAUGUGUGUUUGGAACUCGACUGAAACUUGUGGUUAAGCUGGAUGUCAGUAUUCAUCAUAAGGAUGCAUACCAUUGCCUUACAAAGUAAGCUCUCUGUACUCUAAAACCUUUGCUGCAAAACUGACAAUUCUCCCUAAAAAAAAAAAAAAACCUCACCACUCUAUAA